AUGGCACCUUCAGAUCCUAACGCUUACAGUACAACUGUAACGGAAGUCCUGUGCAUAAUUGUUCGGAAUUACUUUGAUCAUACACCACCACGGAACAGGGAAGAACGUAAUGAGUUUGAGAAACACUUAGAAAAAGUAGGGACCCUUAUUACAGGUGUUAAGUUAGGAAGUUUGGUGAUAACAGUAAAAUGUGAUUCUCUCAAGAGCUUGGAGGAAUUAUGGAAAAUGUAUUCAUGUGGCCAUUUGGGUAAGAUGGUUCAAGAUUGUUUUGUGACGGAAAAGAUCUUGAAGGAACUUAACUUGGCAGAACUGAAGCUGAAAACAACGAUGGACUUAGAAGAGUACAAUGCAUACAAACUGUACUUUCUUGAGAAGGAUGCACUCAAAGGUCAGUUGAAAGAAAGAAAAAGGCCUGGUCUUUGAAAAAAUAUUUUGAAAGGAUUAAAAACACAAUGCAUCACUCAUUCAACAUGGUGCACAAUAGGAUUAACACCCAUGUAGAGGUCCAGGUUUUGAUCAAGGUAGAACCAAUUGUCUCAUGAAUAAGCUCUCAUGACUUUGUAAUUAAGUCAUGAAAAUCUGCAGCUAGAAGUGAUUUGUUUUCAAGAUAUUUCCUAUAUUUUCCUUUCUGUCUGGUUGUGUUUAUCUUUGCUCCAAAUAUGAAUGAAGUAAAACAAGCUAAAAUAUAAAAUGGCAAGAUUUUUGUUGGAGGAGCUACAAAAGAAAAUGUUACCCAUAUUUGUGUUUGGGGUUUUUAAAAACAAUUUGAGGUGUGUUUUAUAGGUUUAAAUGUCAGUGUUCAAUGAUUGCCUCAUUAUUUGUUUUCAUUGAAAUCUGAUUUUAGGUGCCUCAUCUUCUGAAUUCCACUCCAUAAGUUCAACCAGUGAAAGUCCACAAAAUCAAGAAGAGCUGAAAAAAUGGGAACAGAAGACAAAGAUUGUUGAGACAGAGAAAAGAAAAGGUGAAAACAAAAUUAAGAGAAUUAUUAAGUUGUUGUGGAGAGUUGUUGUGAUCAACAGCAAUAACAAUUUAUUAUUUGAAAAAACUUUGAAGAAUGAUCUCAAUGCAGUAAUGUGGCAUUAGUAUUAUUUUAAGAGUACAACUUAUGGGGAACAACUUAUAGCAUAUCUGCAGAGAGGCUGUGAAUACUAAUCUCUCCCUGUACUUUUUGUUCUUAAAUACGUCACCCCUCACUGUAAUACCCACCACUGGUUAUAGAAAAGAACUUAUAGGAAAAGCACAGGGAAGGAAAGGUGAACUGGAAGCUCAGUUUGAAUUAAUAUCUGUAGUGAAUAUGUUCAGCAAGUUCAGCUAUAAUGUCAAGUGUAAAGAAGUGUGCUUUUGGGAUUAAACAUUUAAGUUUGCUAGAGUCUGCAGGGUAAAACCAACCAAUUAUUUGAAAUACUCUCAAUUCUUGAUUUAAAAGAUUAAGUAAACUUGAAAGAAAUUAAAACCCAAUUUAGUUUCCCCUAAAUUUUGUAUUUAGGAUAAAUUUCAUGCAUUUUAUGGAGAUGGUCACAUGACUUGUUGGUUUGCCGUGUUAUCAUCUCUCAAAUGAAACUAACACCUUGAAUACUAAUAUUGCUGUAAAUAAUGUAAAAUAGAUAAAUGUAAAUUACUCCAAAUAUGAUUGUGCCUCAUUCUCUACUUAUAUUAAAGGGAAUUUGAGUUGGUUUGUGGAAUUAAAACAAUAAUUGUACUGUAUGUAUGUAUUUCAAAUGGAUGUUUUGAACAGCUCUUUUAAAUCUAUCCUUAGAGCUACAGGUUGGUGUGCCUGUUUCAAACUAUUUAUCAGGAGAAAUGCUAAUCUCUCUCUGUAUAACUUUGUUUUUAGGCAUGUUGCCUCCCCUUGGAUCUUCCACCUCUGAUCCUGAAGAAGAACUAGAAGAGCUACGUAUGAAACUUCAAACUAUGAAAGGUGAAUGAAAAAGUGCUGUUAAAUUGACUUUGAUGGUAAAACUAAACCAAGAAUGCUUUUACAUAAAUUUAGUUCUCAUUCGCAAUAUUUUUUUGAAAAGGAAAUUACACCCAAUGUAGUUUUCCGUCACUCUGUGUUUUGCUAUAAGAGAAAAUUAAGAUAGUAGAGGCUAGGUUGGUGAAACAGCAUAUAAUGAUAAACUUAGUUUUUUUAGUGUUGAUCUUAAAUUAUGCCUUAAAAACUGACUGUGGUGUAGUGUAGAUAGAUUUUGUACAUCAAAUACAAUCAGUUAAUGGCAUGUUGGUUUGACCUGUUAUCAUGUCACUAUUAAAAGUAACACCAUGAAUUCCUCUUUGUACUUUUCCCCUUAAGGUUGACUUCCAUUACUGUGGACACCCUUGGGGGGAGAUUUAGUGUAAUAGCAAAAAGUUUGUAAUAAUGGGGUACAAGAGAAAUAAACAUUUGUUUUGUUUCUUAACAUAUGACAUAAAGUUUCCACAAACCAGAAAAAGAUCUGGCUGUAAGCAGAAAAUUUCAUAUGUUCACACCCAAUUGAAGAAUGGUUUCUUUAUUUCCCUUUUUCAUAAUGUUGGUUCAUAGUAUGCUAGUCAUGAUUUUGGACAAAGUAAAUAAGUGUCUGUUAUAGCAAGAGAAAAAACAAGUGAAAAGUCAUGCUGGGGGGUAGGAAAGAGUCUGUAUUAUUGCAAUAGCAAGAGUCUGUUAUAGAGGGAAUUUAUCAGUCAUUUCUGUAUGUUUCUCCAGGGGCUGACUCUUGUCUGCAGUGGCAAGGUGUCUGUAAUAGUGAGGUGACUGCAGGGCUAGAGUCAACUGUAGAUUAAUCCAAAUUUGGUAUUGUCAUUUCUUUUCUGUCUGGUUGUAUUUAUCUUUGGCUCCAAAUAUAAAUAAAAUAAAACAAGCUAAAAUAAAAAUUGGCAAGAUUUUAGUUGAAGGAGCUAUAAAAGAAAAUGUUACCUGUAUUUGUGUGUGGGUUUUUAUAAAAAUGAUUUGAGGUGUGUUGUAUGGUUUUGAAUGUCAGUAUUUAGUGAUUGCCUCAUUAUUUGUUUUCUUUUAAAUCUGAUUUUAGGUGCCUCAUCUUCUGAAUUCCACUCCAUAAGUUCAACCAGUGAAAGUCCACAAAUUCAAGAAGAGCUGAAAAAAUGGAAACAGAAGACAAAGAUAGUUGAGACAGAGAAACUGAGAGGUGAAAACAAAAUUAAAAGACAUCUUAAGUUAUUAUGGAAAGUUGUUGUGAACAGUAAUAACAAUUUAUUAUUUGACAAAACUUUGAAGAAUGAUCUCAAUGCAGUAAUGUGGCAUUAGUAUUAUUUUAAGAGUACAACUUAAUUAUGGGGAACAACUUACAGCAUAUCUGAAGAGAGGUUGUGAAUACUAAUCUCUCCCUGUACUUUUUGUUCUUAGAUACAUCACCCCUCACUGUAAUACCCACCACUGGUCAUGGAAAAGAACUU